CAGGCUCUGCGGAUGCUCACCGGGUGCCGGGAGGGUGCUCGGUGCCCUGAGCACUGCUGGGUCCCUUACAGCACGUUCCCAGUGCUCCCAGUAACACCUCAGUGCUCUCUAGGGCUCACCAGUAUCCCCUCCAGCAUUCCCCAGAUCUCUCUAGAGCCUCCCAGUACCCUUCUAGUUCCCCCCCCCCAGUGCUGACUAAAGACCUCCAGUGCCCUCCCAGUUAGAACUGGGGGGAGUACUGGGAGCCUCCAGACAGUGCUGGGGGGCAGCAGGAAGGCAACGGGAGGCUCUAAAGAGCACUGGGGGCACUGGGAAUGUCCCUGGGGGCUCCGGAUAGGACUGGGGAGCCCCGGGAAGUUAUCGAGCUGCUCUCAGCAGAAGGAGGGUGCCUGGCAGUCCCUAGCCAGCACUGGGGGGGUCACUGAGAGCGUACUGGGAAGCUCUGGACGGCACUGGGGGACAGCGGGAGGGCGCUGGGGUGUCCUGGGAAGCACUGAGAAGUUGCAGACAGCGCCGGGAGCGCACCAGGAGGCUGCCGAGAGCCCCGGGGUGGCACCGGGAGGGUGUUUGGGGGGCUCUGGGCUGCGUAACGCCGGGCUGCGGGGAGAGGGUGGGUUCGGCCGGCGAGCCAAGGGGCGUAGCAGGACGGCGUGCGGGGACGGAGGAGGCAUUUCGGCGCUUCCAGCCGGGAGCCGGAGGGCAGCACUCGGCAGCCAGCGAGGAUCCGGAGCCCGUCGCCGUCCCCCGAUUUGACCUCGUUUCAGAAGAAGGAGGUUGGCAGAGCGGUGUCGUUUCUCCUCCCUGGUCUGGGUAAGAGGAAGAUGAAGGUCCUGCUGGUGGUCCUGGCCCUGCUGCUUGCUUGUGGCAUGCUCGCCGCUCACGGAAAGCUCCCGCCUGCCCCGGGGCUGGAGGGAAGCACGGUGGCGAACCUGACUGCGCACAUCUGCGACUCAGGAAGGGGCCGCGGGCACGCAGCGAAGGCUUCAACGCACCGGCUCUCCUUCUCGCUGCAGGUGCUGCCGGCUCCGUGCCUGCUGCUACGCCCGGCUGGCUGCGCGCCGCUGCCGCGUGGGACAGAGCCAGCGCCUCGCCGCCCCCCGGGCAGGGGGCCCUGCCUGCAGCUCGGGGACCCGGUGCCAGCGAGGAGCCUGCAAAUGCGAGCGGGCGACUCAGCUCUGCUGGGCACGCAGCCGGGCGCUGCUCAAGUGCCAGGGCCGAGGCAGGCGCUGCUGAUGGAGAGGGGCCCUCCACGAACCCACCUCCGUGCUGGAGGAAAGCCGCCCUCGUGCGAAGCUGCGUCAUUAGACACUGGAUCCGAGGAGGGAGAGCUGCACAGACGCGAUAUUUCUGCUCAGAAAAACAAGGGAGGAGCGGGACACCUGCGCCUUGUCACAGCGAAGGGCGAGAUGGUGGGAGCCAGCACAAGUUGGCAAUUUGUCCCCUUUGGCUCUGGCUCCCCACGCGCAAGGCGCUGCACGGAACCGUCGCGGCUCCCCCAGCUGUUUGCUUCACCGCAGAAUAAAACUAAAAUAAAUAUUCCAAAUAAAAGAUAUAAAGUAUUUGGAAUAUUCCAAGUAUUCCAGAAUAAAUAUGCCGAAAUAAAGCCAGAGAGCAAAAAGCUUUGGUCCUCUGCGUGCUGCGACUCCGCCGUACCCAGUGACAAGCCCUGGCACCGGGGAGCAGCUCACCUGUGCGCAGGGCUCCCCGUUGAAUUACCCAAACCCUAAAACUGGAGCCGAGCAGCAGAGUCCAGAGCCCGUUUCAAACAUCACCCCCGACGCCUGGAGCCCCUGGUUUAACGCCGACAGCAGGAGGUUCUUGCAUCCUGCUGCAACGUUUCCAAAUGGCUCAGAGCUCGCCUUUGCCUGGCUUGUGCCUGGUCUCGCCAGACGAGGCACGGCACGAGGGUUUAGGCACCGCUGGAAUAAAGCACGUGCCAAUUUCUGCCAGGUGAGGGUUAAUUCAACAG